UCAGCGGUGGGUGUCGCUUUUGUUCUCGCGAUAUUUUCGGGUGAACGGGAGCCCGGCGGCCCGGGCUUCUGCGAAACAUGGCGGUCGGCUGGUACCAUAACACAAGGAACAAAUGAGUAGAAAUUGAAAGAUUGAAGAAGGAUCCGUCUUGGUGCAGUUACCACUAAGCAGCAUGACUAUAUGAAAGAAGAAGAAGGUUUUCCUGAAGAUGAGGCGACUGAAUCGGAAAAAAACCUUGAGUUUGGUGAAAGAGUUGGAUGCCUUUCCAAAGGUUCCUGACAGCUAUGUAGAGACUUCAGCCAGUGGGGGUACAGUUUCUCUAAUAGCAUUUACCACUAUGGCUUUAUUAACCAUAAUGGAAUUUUCAGUAUAUCAAGAUACAUGGAUGAAGUAUGAAUAUGAAGUAGAUAAGGAUUUUUCUAGCAAAUUGAGAAUCAAUAUAGAUAUUACUGUUGCUAUGAAGUGUCAAUAUGUUGGAGCAGAUGUAUUGGAUUUAGCAGAAACAAUGGUUGCAUCUGCCGACGGUCUAGUUUAUGAACCAGUAAUAUAUGAUCUUUCACCACAGCAAAAAGAGUGGCAGAGGAUGCUGCAGCUGAUUCAGAGCAGACUCCAAGAAGAACAUUCACUUCAAGAUGUCAUAUUUAAAAGUGCUUUUAAAAGUGCUUCAACAGCACUUCCACCAAGGGAAGAUGAUUCAUCACAGCCUCCAGAUGCUUGCAGAAUUCAUGGUCAUCUCUAUGUCAAUAAAGUAGCGGGGAAUUUUCACAUAACUGUGGGCAAGGCAAUUCCACAUCCCCGAGGUCAUGCACACUUGGCAGCACUUGUCAACCAUGACUCUUACAACUUUUCUCACAGAAUAGAUCAUUUGUCUUUUGGAGAGCUUGUUCCAGGAAUUAUUAAUCCUUUGGAUGGAACUGAAAAAAUUGCUGUAGACCACAACCAGAUGUUCCAAUAUUUUAUUACAGUUGUGCCAACAAAACUACAUACAUAUAAAAUUUCAGCAGACACCCAUCAGUUUUCUGUUACAGAAAGGGAACGUGUCAUUAACCAUGCUGCAGGCAGCCAUGGAGUCUCUGGGAUAUUUAUGAAAUAUGAUCUCAGUUCUCUUAUGGUAACCGUCACUGAGGAGCAUAUGCCUUUCUGGCAGUUUUUUGUAAGACUCUGUGGUAUUGUUGGAGGAAUCUUUUCAACAACAGGCAUGUUACAUGGAAUUGGGAAAUUUAUAGUUGAAAUAAUUUACUGUCGUUUCCGACUUGGAUCCUACAAACCUGUCAGUUCUGUACCCUUUGAGGAUGGCCACACAGACAACCACUUACCUCUUUUAGAAAAUAAUACACAUUAGCACCUCCUGAGUGAAGGAGAAAAACUUUUUGCUUGAGACAUAAAACCUUUUUUAAUAAUAAAAUAUUGUGCAAUAUAUUCAAAGAAAAGAAAAUACGAAUGAGAAGUGGGAACCACACCUAGGGGGAAAAAAAAAGAAAGAAAAACCCAAACUGAAAUCCUAUAUAUGUUGUGUCUGUUACAAAUGUCCUAGAAGAAAUUAUGCAGCUAAUCAGUGAAUAAGCCCAACUGGAAUAUUGCUUGGAAGAUGACCCCUUCUGAUAUUUUCAUAGUAAAUGGGCAGUAUCGAAAUCAGACCUUGCUUCUUGGUGGCAAAGAGCCUGAAGGAAAGAAGUCAAACCACAUCUAAAGAAAAAGGCAUUGAUAAGUGCAAAUGUUUGCGUCCUUUUGUUUUUAAAAGAUAUGUCAGAAUAAAAUAUGUAAAACAUA